AUGCAUCCAAAGCUUCGUGGUCAUGUCACUACAAUGUUCGUAUUGUCACUCUGUGUCUCUGAUCUUCUCUUCUGCAGUAUCAACUUGCCGCUUACAGCUAGCAGGUACAUAAAUGAAGAAUGGGUGUUGGGUUCUCGCCUCUGCCAGAUGUUUGCAUUCGUCUUUUACGGCAAUGAGGCCGUUUCUCUUCUGUCUAUGGUGGCUAUUACAAUUAACAGAUACACCCUGAUAGCGUACUAUGACAUGUACUCACAGAUCUACACCACAACCAAGAUCUGGAUCCAGCUCUUCACCAUAUGGCUCGUCUCCUUUGGACUUAUGGUCCCAUCAUUACUCGAAGUGUGGGGUAAAUUGGGAUUAGAUCAAAACACAUUUUCAUGCACAAUCCUCCCGAAGGAUGGUCGGAGUCCCAAGAAGUACUUGUUCGUGUUCGGAUUCGCGUUGCCUUGUGUUGUGAUAAUUGUAUCAUACUCGUGCAUCUACUGGCGCGUACGUGAGAGCAAACGGAAGCUGGAGGGACGAAGGUGUGUAUGUGGUAAACUUAGCGGCCAGACAGCGAAAGAAAAGGAAGAGGACUCGAGACUGACGACCCUUAUGCUGACAAUCUUCCUUUGUUUCUUGGCCUGUUUCCUUCCUCUCAUGAUCAUGAAUGUCGCUGAUGAUGGCAUCCGAUUCCCUUGGCUGCACAUCAUUGCAUCUAUCUUAGCAUGGGCCUCCAGUGUCAUAAAUCCCCUAAUAUAUGCAGCAACGAAUAGACAAUAUAGAGCGGCGUAUGGCAACCUUCUAAAAAUUUGCCGAAAUAACCCUGUGACGAAACGCACGACUUGGGGAAGCCGAACCGUCGGACAGUCGUCGAAUUCUCCGCAUUACGUUGAAAAACGUAAAGACAAACCGACUAAAUUAUAA